AUGGAGCUCUUGACUCCUCCAGCCGACGUUCCAUUUUCUACACAAAAUAGAAAAAUUAUCUCCGACAAUACCGCCGCCGUCUUGCAAGGCAGGGACCCUCGUCGCGACACCACAUCCCCCUACGAGCCACGUUUUUCGUUCGAACAUGAAGAAGCGAGUAGUGACGUUGAUGCCGUUCUCGCUCGUAGCCGGACGACAGAAACAAAAGCGGAAGCGGCUGACGUUGAAACUGACAUUGCCACGGCAACGCAUCUUUCGAAUGAGGGUUCUGAAGUUGAGGAUAGACAUGAGAAUGGGCUUUUAAGAAGCUCCGCACGCCACCGUCGGAAACCUUGCGCCCUUCGCCCCUCAAGCACACGCACUCAUAGUCCCAGCCGGUCAGACCCGAAGCUUUCAUGCAGAAGGAGGGGUAGCCCUUUCACCUUCCAGGACAUGUGCUCGAUGACGUCUGUCUUAUCGGAUGCUUCCAACUCCACCCAUGCUACGGACUGUAUGGUUGUUCCCAACGGCUCCCCCAUGGACUCUACCCUCUCCGUGCAAUCCUCACGUUGUUCACCCACCCGUGUAUUGCGUAGGAAGAGGCCCAUGAUGCUACGGCGACGUGAAUCAUCCGACUCGUUGCGCCCGCACUCCCGACCCUCAUCUCCAUCUCCCCUGUGCGAAUGCAAUGAUAUGUCCUUGUCAUCUGCAACGGAAAUACUGCGGUCGGGCGCGAUCACCCCACCCCCAGGAAGUGACCCUCCCGUGCGACUUGGCCACCCGAAUCGACCAUAUUAUUCUGCCAUACGUAAGAACAUGUCACGUCCAAGCAGUCCUGUCGUGCCUCGCACCCCUUCUCCCAUUCCAUCCCAUUAUGAAUAUACGCCGCGGGGGACCAAGUCUCUUGACUGUGGUGAACGCCCGUACGCAUCCUUGCGCUAUGGGCGCAAUUCUCGACCGAUGUCGAUGGUGCUACCAGGUCAAAUGCACCCGGAAAGACCUUUCUCAGGGUUCUCUUUGAGUGGAGAGACGGAAAUGCGCAUGGAGUUGGCACGGUGGCGACAGGAAGAUUCACCGGAUCAGCCAGGAGACUUCCACUUCCAAGAGAUGGACAGGUCGCAAAUAAGAAGGAAGGUGAAGGGUACGGUGAAGAGGCUAGGCAAAGGUCUGAAGCAUCUUGUGUUGGGCAAAUCUUGA